AUGAUUCUCUACAGAGUCCCGUUUUUGGCUGCGUUUCUAGUCAUUGUCAAAGCAACAGCAACUACAACCACCAACAAAAAUGACGCGGAUAUAACAAAAGCAGACUCGGCUGAAUUCGUGCAAACUUCACCUGUUUGGCUGGCCAAUGUCAAAGUGCCCACCAACAUAGCCACCCAGUUCCCUCUUGAUGAAGACAUCAAAGCAGGUCCAUUGCCCAAAGGAGCAUUCAAGUUGGACUUGACUAGCUAUCCACAGCCCAACAAGCAACCUCCCACCGAUCAUCCAGAAGUGCAAGCAGUGCUUAAGCUUCUUGAUUUCAGCAAAAUCCCAAAAUCCAAGCCUCGUAUUGUCAAGGACUGGGUGUUUGACCUGAAGGACUACAGUCCUACUGAUCCUGAUUGCUGGUGGUCUUCCAGUCUUUGCAAGAAGCCCAAGGUCAGCUAUCUUCCUGAGGACAUUUCUAUCUGUCCCGACAAAGGCACUUGGGGUCUGAAUUACGAUGAUGGUCCAUAUAAAAAGUGGUGGCCAGCCUCUGAAAAGGAAAAGGAGUAUGAUCAGCCUCGAUUCUAUAACUAUUUGGUGGAGGCAGGAAAGCAAAAGGCAACUCUGUUUUUCGUUGGAUCCAAUGUCAUCAAUUUCCCAGAGGCAGCUCAAAGGUCCUUGAAUGACGGCCACACCAUUUGCUCGCACACUUGGUCUCACCCUCAAAUGACAACGCUUACUAAUGAAGAAGUGGUUGCUCAAUUGUACUGGACGCAGAAGGCUAUCAAAGAGACUAUGGGAAUCACACCUAAAUGCUGGAGACCACCUUAUGGCGAUGUGGACGAUCGUGUACGUGCUAUUGCUUAUCAGAUGGGCAUGCGAACUAUUCUCUGGGACCAAGAUAGUAAUGACUGGAACUUGAUUACGGGCCGUUUGAAGACGGAGGUAGUGGAUAAUUAUUUCAAAGAUUGGGUUAAAAAUCGCGUUUCUGGAAAUGACACUGAUCAUGGGCACAUUACUCUGCAACAUGAGAACAGUAAUAUGACUAUUCAAAUGUCAGAGAAAUGGCUUCCUACAUUACAAAAGACGUUUAAAGUGAUGCCUAUCCAUCAAUGCAUCAACGAUCCUCACCCUUAUUGGGAAGAAUACUGGACCUACCCAACAUUGGAUGUACCAGAGCCACCUAGACGGAAUGUGCAAUCAACAGUUGGUAAUUCUGCAUCUGUAGGCAACCAACUCGGCCUUGCUGAAGCUCUCCUUAGCUUGGGUUUACUUGUGUUUGCUGUAGCUGCUACGUUUGUUUAA